AAUUAAAAAAGCCACAGGUGUGAGAGCAGAGAGUCUUCUCAUCUGAGCAGAAUGUUCACGUACACAGUGUCUGUCACCACUGGCAACCAGGAGUUUGCUGGGACGAUUGAUUACGUUUACCUGACGCUGGUGGGCACGGAGGGACGCAGUGACCGGACUCUGCUGGACAAAUCAUUCUUUGAUCGUUUUGCAAGAGGAGCGGUGGUAUCCGUUGAUGUCAGUGUGAAGGAGACCCUUGGAGACAUUCUGCUGGUGAAACUUGAGAAAGAGAAAUUCUUGUUCAAUGAUCAGUGGUACUGUAGAUGCAUCAGUGUGAAGAUACCUUCUGGAUAUGAAAUUGAAUUCCCCUGUUAUCGCUGGAUAGCAAACAAACAGGAAGUGGUUCUUCGAGAUGGCAAGGCUCGAUUGCCUCAGGAUGAAAAAAACAGUUUGCUAAAAGAGCACAGGCGCAUGGAACUGGAAUCCAGACAACAACUGUUCAGGUGGAAGGAGUGGCACCCUGGUUUCCCCAUGAACAUAGAUGCCGAUUCAAGCAAUGAACUUCCUCUGGACAUUCAGUUUGAACUUGAUAAAUCUGUGGACUUCGAUUUGAAUUUCCUUACAGCGAUUGAGAAUCUUGGUCUUAACAAACUAAUGAGCUUGUUCCAGUCCUCUUGGACCGAUAUUGCAGAUUUUGGAAAAAUAUUUGUGAAUAUCAAGAACCACGUGUCAGAUUAUGUGAUGCAAAACUGGAAUAAGGACUCCAUGUUUGGCUAUCAGUUCUUAAACGGCUCCAAUCCUAUGAUGAUCCGUAAGUGCAUGAAACUUCCAGACAAGUUUGCAGUCACACAGGAGAUGGUGAAGGGUUCCCUGGAUAGAGGUCUCACACUACAGGAAGAAUUAAAGGCAGGAAACAUCUACAUCGCAGACUAUGCGAUUCUGGAGGGAGUGCAUGCCAAUGCCACAGACCCGAAUACCCAGCAGUAUUUGGCUGCUCCCUUCUGCCUGCUGUACAAGAACAGCCAGAAUGAAAUUGUGCCGAUUGCUAUUCAGCUCAGUCGUCAGGCCACUGCUGGGGAGGGGAACACUGUCUUUCUCCCAAGCGAUAAUCAGUACGACUGGAUGCUAGCCAAGAUGUGGGUGAAAUCCUCCGACUUUAACUUCCACCAGCUGGUCAUACACAUUCUCAGGACACAUCUGACAUCUGAAGUCUUUGCCAUAGCCAUGUACAGACAACUCGCUGCAGUCCAUCCAGUAUACAAGUUACUGAUACCUCAUGUCCGUUUCACCGUUGCCAUCAACACUGCGGGUCGUGAAAAACUCAUCUGUGAAUCUGGGCUCUUUGAUAAGGCUAACAGCACUGGUGGAAUUGCAAUCGUGGAAGUGAUUCAAAAGGCCAUGAAGACUUUAACCUAUAAGUCCCUGUGCUUGCCUGAGGCCAUGAAGGCUCGAGGAGUGGAAGAUCUGCCCAACUACUACUACAGAGACGAUGGCAUGAUGGUCUGGGAGGCAGUGAAAAGUUUUGUUUCUGAUGUGGUGAAGAUCUACUAUGGCAGUGAUGAGAAAGUUCAGGAAGACAAGGAGAUUCAAGCAUUUGUUAAGGAUGUUUGCGUUGGUAUGAAGAAUGGUCCCAAGAGUUGUGAGUUUCCGGAUUCCCUGAAAACUCAGGAUCAGUUGGUCGAGCUCCUGACUGUUGUGAUUUUCACAGCUUCAGCACAACACGCUGCAGUCAACUUUGGACAGUAUGACUGGUACGCCUGGGUCCCAAACAGCCCUUCCACCAUGCGGAAGCCCCCUCCUGCACAGAAGGGCCAGGUGGAUAUGAAGUACAUCAUGGAGAGUCUGCCGGACCGCGGACGUUCCUGUUGGCAUCUCGGAGCAGUUUGGGCCCUCAGUCGGUUCCAGGACAAAGAGCUGUUUUUAGGAGACUAUCCAGAUAAGUACUUCACUGAACAACCGGUCAUGAAAGCCAUCGAGACUUUCCGCAAGAAAUUAGCUGAAGUGACCAACAUCAUCAAGAGCCGAAAUGAAAAUCUGAAACUGCCCUAUUGCUAUCUGUCUCCGGACCAAAUCCCCAACAGUGUGGCCAUCUGAGAGUUUGCAAACCCUGUUUGCAGCUAUUUUAGCCAGUUUAUAGAGAAAAGGCAGAGAAAAACUUAACUGGCCUAUUUCACAACAUGACACAAUCAACAAAAUAAUUGCUGUAGUAACUGUAAGGAUUUUAGUGCAAAUGCUAAUCUGGAUGAAAAUAAUACAAAGUUACAUAUAUCAAGAAGUUAAUGUCUACACAAAAUAAAAAUAAUAAUGAUAAUAAUUGUGCAAGUAUUCAAUUUACAUGACUUAUUUCCUUUCUGUUGUCAUUUAAUCUUAUGAUUGUGGGGACUGUGUGUUUGUUUUAAAGGUUUUUAACAUCACAGGAUGAAGUUGUCUUGUUUUUUCAUUGCUUGUGCUUUGGUAUAUUAACGCUUGCUGAAAUUGUACUGGUCAGAUGAAACAUGCACAACUAAGAUUAUUCAAUAAACCAAAUCAUUUUCACCAUCACUUCAUCGCCAGAUAUAAUUUAUAUCCACCUACAAAAUUAAUUUCAAGUAUUUAGACAGAAACCUGUUGAUUUAAUGGUUUUGAGGAUUAUGAAAAAAAUAAAUUCAGUCUGUCCAAACUUCACAAUAUGUUGUAAUUACCACUUCUCUCCACUAAGUGUCGCGCUUGCGCAGGAAAAUGUGUCUUCAGUGCGUCAUAACAGAGCGACAGACGAGUUACAAAACAUCAAAAACACUCUGAACUUCAACCCAACCUAUGAAAUCAAUAAACAGUUUUUCUGGGGAUGUGAACAGCAGAACUUCAUUGAAAUACACACUCGGUGUUUUCACGAAGGUCGGCGACUCUGGACAGUCGGAGCUGCUGCUGUCGUCCACAUGCUGAACUGUCGGUCUGACCGGAGCAUCCAGAUCGGACAGAUCCACAGGGAAAUCCUGUGCACAGACAUCAUGAAUGUAUCUGAAUGUAACGCAGGAAAACUGAUCGAUGACGGGAUGAGCUGAAACGGUCUUACCGUGGGCAGAGACGCCGGAUGAGCUCCCAGAAUCUUCUGACUGUUUCCAAGACUCUUCUCCUGCAGUCGGGACACAUUCAUUCAUCAGAAACUAUACGAUUCAGCUGAACUGAAAUAAACGUGUGUGACUGAAGAACUUACAACCAGAUGAGGGCACACGGACAUCAAA